AUGGCAGCUGUGGAUGGUAAGACUGAGGUGUGGACUGUGUGGAUGUUAGUGGAUGGUAAAACGCGGGCUUCAACUGAAGCAAUAGGUCUCACCGGAUGGGACGUCUUUAAACACAAGACCCAGCUUCGCGUUUUUGAGAACAAUAAUUCGAUACCUGUACCUGUUCGCUUCGCGAGCCUGCAACAUCCCUUCGGAAACAGACGCGUUCGUUUUGUGAAACGCGGAGCUGAUGUUGCUGAGAAGUGGCGUGGUUUUGACUGUGUAAGCUGCGACACUGUCGUAACAAUCGCCGCCUUUCUUCCGCCGCUGGAAGUGCGUUCGGCGCCAGGAGAUCGUCCGGUGCUGACAGACUGCAUGAAGACGCGUCUCGACGCGAAAGUGUGUUGCUCGCACUUUGCGUGCGGAGGAUCCUACGCCGGCGCGCUGGACAUGGGCGGGGCGCGCAAUGUGUUGAGCCGGUCGGCCGAUGACGCGGCGGGCGAUGGCCAGUGCCCAAAGGGCCCCGAAGGGCGGAAGUCGGGCGCUUCCACCGGCGGAGGGAAGCUUCUGGAUGUGAAUUUUCCGUCAAUCCAAGCCGCUGAAAAACUCAACCAAAUUACUGUUUCCCAAAAAAAGGGUUUACCGGAAAUCCAGUCGAAUGAGAAGGCUGGUUUUCGAAGUCCUCGUUCCUUUGCACAGAGCCUUCGGACUCCCCCUCUGAACCCAAGGCUUGAUGUUGCUGCUUUUGCUCGGAAGUUUCCUGUGAAACUCCAUCCUCUUGCAGCUCUUCUUGCGAUAAUGUUGAAGACAUCUGACACAGUAGAGUGUUCUGGAAGUUCUGUGACUCAGCCGCUGCGGGCACUGCGCUUUCUUGAGGCGAGUCAGGGCGAGUUUCGCCCGAAGGUUUCGACGUGA